AUGGUCGAAACCCGUGGUCCCCAGGCUGCCGGGGCUGCCGGUUUAUUCUUAGGGUUAUCCUGGAUAUUCGUGUUAUUGCGAUGCUACUGCAGGGCUGCCAUAGUACGCCGCUUUGGACCCGAGGAUUAUCUCUGCGUUAUUUCACAGGUGGCUCUAUCUAUAUUAGACUUGGGGAAUAAUGAAGCUGAUGCAGGCCAGGUAAUAUUCACGGUAUACUGCACAUUGGUUCUGGUCGGUGUCCAAUAUGGCACUGGCAGGCAUGCUGUCGAUAUUAUACCGCCAACGGAUAUCCCUAUUGGUCUUAAGUGGUGGUGGAUCUGUGAGCAACUGUAUUGCUUAACCUGUUUGACACUGAAGUUUAGCAUUGGCCUCUUUCUUCUGCAAAUUACAGUCCAUAAAAGUCAAACCAUCAUCCUCUGGACUGUUAUGAUUGUAUCAGGCCUUAUGAGCAUUUAUUUUGCUCUCCUGUUCCUAUUUCAAUGUCGACCCGUUACCUACUUUUGGGGACAACACGCUGGUAUGAAUGGCAGCUGCAUUGACCCCGCGAUCAUAAGCAGGACUGCAUAUGUCUACUCGGUUGUUAGCUGUUGGUCAGAUUGGACCUUCUGUAUCUUACCUGCAUUCAUGGUUUGGAACGUCCAGAUGAAUCCAAGGACCAAGGCAUCAGUACUUCUCGUGUUUGCUCUUGGUGCCGUGGCCUCGACUAUGACGAUUGUUCGUUUCCCCUAUCUCAACACUUUACAAGACAAAGCCGACUUUCUUUAUGCCACCACCAACGUGGGAAUCUUGACCACCAGCGAAAUGGGCGUUGGUAUCGUUACGUCUGCAGCUGCCACCCUUCGUCCUCUCUUCCGCCGCUUCCUUGAGCGCUCGCAGCCCGGUUCAUCGUCGGUAGAGCUAUCUCGCCCAUGGCAGUCAGGUCGCAUGCGAGCGGGCUAUGUCCGCAACCGAGAUGGCGAUCCUAGCCUUACGGACGAGGAAUACAUUGGCGUAACAACGGUGGCCAGAAUCGAGAGUCAUAGUAUCGAGGGCAAAGAAGAUACUUUGUCUAAACCCGGGAUUAACAAUGCAGCGGAUACGAGCAGCACAAAUGAUUCAGGAAAAUGGCACACUGGUAAGUUCCUAGAUGCUUGUAGCGAAGAAUAUAGGCCUCAUAUUGGAACGGAAUCAAGACCUAAGGUUUGA